AUGAACGUCGAUAUCACUUUUCAUAUGUUAACCACCAACAUUGACUCAUAUUCUGAAUCGGCAUUUAAUCCUUUUUACCAAGUGCAGCUUAAGCGGGACGGGAGCGCGUUGAUUGGGGCUGGGGGCGGCUGUUGGUUGCCGUGGAGGUCAGUUUCGUUCGGUGGUGCGGAUGCGGUCGUGGGGACGGUGGUUCCGGCUGGGGUAGGUGUGAUUCCGACUGACGGUGGCGUUCUGCGUUAUCGUCGUCGGCAGUUACCUUUUGUCGUCGUCUCCCUCUUCCGUUUUCUUCUCCGUCGGGCGGGCGGGCCUCCUCCUCUUCGGUUGGCCGGCGCGCUUCGCUCGUCCCUGAUUUUCUGGCCUUCGCCGCGACCGGCGUCGUUCGGUGUCGUCGAACCUGAAAUACCGCCACUUCCGUCGUUUCCUCGCUCACCCGGUGAAAAAGGGGACGGGUCGCUCGGCGGCCCUCUUGCUAGCGCCAAGGGUGCAGGCUCCCCCACCCCGGAUUGGGGCCCGCGCUCGACCCUUAGCCGGGGACCGUGCCGGGCGGGGAGUUUGACUGGGGCGGUACGAAUGUUAACUUUACUCCUUUUUUCUUUCUUUACUCCUUUCCUUCCUCUUCCUGUCUUCCUUUGCUUUUCCCCCCUUUCUCUCUUUCUUUCAUUCUUUUUCCGUUCUUUUUCCAUUUCCCAAUUCUUUCUCACCCCAUAUGGAGAUGCCCUUAUAUAUCCAUUUCUUUCUUUCUUUCUUUCUUUCUUUCUUUCUUUCUUUCUUUCUUUCUUUCUUUCUUCCUUCUCUCGCGUUAGUCACUUUUUUUUUUUUUUUCAUUUUUCAAUUCUUUCUUCCAUCUCUCUCUCUCUCUCUCUCUCUCUCUCUCUCUCUCUCUCUCUUUCUUUUUUAUAUCAUUUCUGGAAACUUUUUCUUUCUUUCUUUCUUUCUUUCUUUCUUUCUUUUCCUUCCUUCUCUCACAUCUUUCCAUUUAAUUUUCAAUUCUUCCUAAACCCCCACCUUUUCUUUUUUUAUAAUUUGCCUUGUAUUCUCUCUUUCUUUCUUUCGUUUCGUUUCUUUCUUUCUUUUGCUAGCUUCUUUCUUUCUUUCUUUGUGUCGCUCGUUUCCUUUUCUUUCUUUGUCAUCCUGUAUUCUUCCUUUCUUUUGGUUGUUUUUUCUUUCUUUCCUUUUUCGUUUAGUUUCUUUCAUUUUUUUCUUUCUUUCUUUCUUUCUUUCUUUCUUUCUUUGUCAGCUUGUAUUCUUUCUUACUUUCUUUUGCUUGUUUCUUUUUUCUUACUUUAUGUCGCUCCUUUCUUUUUUCUUUCUUUCUUUUUCUUUCUUUCUUUCUUUGUCACCGUGUAUUUUUCCUUUUUAUUUCUCCUUUCUUUCUUUCUGUCUUUUUAUCUUUCUUCCUUUCUUUUAGCUCUUUUCUUUCUUUCUUUUUCUCCUUUCUUUAUUUCGAUCGUUUCUUUUUUCUUUCUUUUUUCUCUCUUUCUUUCUUUCUUUUUUUCUUUCUUUUUUCUUUCGUUCGUUUUUUCUUUCUUUUUUUUUUCUUUCUUUUCUCCUUUCUUUAUUUUGAUCGUUUCUUUUUUUCUUUUUUUCUCUUUCUUUUUUUUUUUUUUUUCUUUCUUUCUUUCUUUCGUUCGUUUCUUUCUUUUUUUUUCUUUCUUUUCUUUUUCUCCUUUCUUUAUUUUGAUCGUUUCUUUUUUUUUUUUUCUCUUUCUUUCUUUCUUUUUUUUUUUUCUUUCUUUCGUUCGUUUCUUUCUUUCUUUUUUCUUUCUUUCUUUUUCUCGUUUCUUUAUUUUGAUCGUUUCUUUUUUCUUUCUUUUUUCUCUCUUUCUUUCUUUCUUUUUUUCUUUCUUUCUUUCUUUCGUUCGUUUCUUUCUUUCUUUUUUCUUUCUUUCUUUUUCUCCUUUCUUUAUUUUGAUCGUUUCUUUUUUCUUUCUUUUUUCUCUCUUUCUUUCUUUUUUUCUUUCUUUCUUUCUUUCGUUCGUUUUUUUCUUUCUUUUUUCUUUCUUUCUUUUUCUCCUUUCUUUAUUUCGAUCGUUUCUUUUUUCUUUCUUUUUUCUCUCUUUCUUUCUUACUUUUAUUCUCUGUCAGCUUGUAUUCUUCCUUUCUUUGUUUCUUUGUUUCUUUCUUUCUUUUUUCGCUCGUUUCUUUCUUUCGCGCAUUUCUUUCGCUCGUUUCUUUCUUUCUUUUUUUCUUUUGCGCGUUUCUUUCUUAAUUUCUUUCUUUCUUUCUUGUCUCUAUUUUCUCCUUGCUUUCUCUCUCUCUCUCUCUCUCUCUCUUUCCCCCUCUCUCUCUCUCUCUCUCUCUCUCUGUCCACCUCUCUCUCUUUACUUCUGA